AUGGACGAGAUAUUCCUGCCCCUGUGCACCCUAGGUGUGUUGAUCGUGGUAAAGGUAUUGCCACCGAAUCCAAACUACCCCGCAAUGACAACACAGAGACAGGAGGGUGGUAUAUUCGAAACAUUCAACGGCUACAGGAACAACACGAUAGCCGUUGUUCCAAACUCGACUGAAACUUUGACAUUUUUAAACUCAAUGAAUGCCCUGUGGUUAUCAAUGUGGGAUUUUCCUGGCAAGCUUCCCUUGAAUUUCAUGGUAUUCGACACGAAGGAUGAUAUGCAAGCAGCGUAUUGGAGAGACCCAUACAGCAUACCCUUAGCAGUAAUCUUCGAGAAUUCUCAACCUAUAUCUCAACGUCUUCUGUAUGAGAUAAGAACUAAUCCUUCAUACACGAAUCCACCGUCGCCGACUGAAUUGUAUUCCGCCCCAGUUACUUGCCGAAAGGACACCAGCCACUGGAUGGGUGGCGUAUUGUCGAUAGAGACUGGAGGAUCGUGUCCUGUGAAUAAUUAUUUACACUCUGGUUUCCUGGCGUUGCAAAUGAUAAUAGAUACCACGAAGAUAAGACUGGACACAGGGAAUAAAGACGUAACUAUGCCGGAUAUUAGGCUGGAAAUGUUCCCCAAGGAAGCUUUUACCGCAGACUGGAUGCUGGCCUUUAGAGUUGUUAUACCUCUCUUUAUGGUUCUGGCUCUUUCGCAAUUCGUGACUUACCUUCUUAUCCUGAUUGUCGGGGAAAAGGAGAAACAGAUCAAGGAGGGAAUGAAGAUAAUGGGCCUAAAAGAUUCUGUUUUCUGGUUAUCAUGGUUCAUUAUCUACAGUGUCUUUGUCUUGUUACUCUCUGCCGUCGGAGUAAUAUUACUUUUUACGCUACAAAUGUUUCAGCACACACACUUUUUACCGAUAUUCCUUUUAGUAGUGCUCUACAGUUUCUCCAUAAUCAUGUUCGCUUUUAUGGUAACACCUUUCUUCAACAAGUCGCGUACUGCCGGUGUACUUGGCAAUUUUGCAGUGACGAUACUAAGCUUGAUGUACUUUAUUCAAGUGUUUGUGAAGGACUCUAGUUCAAUCUCGUUUUGGGUGGUCUCCCUUCUUAGCCCAACAGGCGUUGCUUUGGCCAUGGACAAGGCUCUUGUGUUAGAUCUACAAGGAGAGGGAGUUAAUUUCGACAAUCUUUGGUCAGGUCCUGGUAUACCUUUCGGAGGAAGUCUUAUUAUGAUGACUUUAGACAUCAUUCUCUACGCGUGUUUAGCCUACUAUUUCGACUCUGUCAUACCAAGUGAGUACGGAACGAAAAGAUCCGCCUGGUUUUGCUUCAUGCCAAGAUUCUGGUGCCAGAGGAAAACUCCACGAGUACCGUCAUCGAAUGGUGAAUCGAACUCUUUCAUUCCUGGCGAAGAGACCAACCGUGACAUCGAACCGGUAGUACGUGAGAUGAAGGGGCGUGAAGCAAUCAGGAUAGUCGAUCUUUACAAGUCCUAUCAGAAGUGUCGUAAAGCAGAAAUUAAAGCUGUGAAUGGCAUCAAUCUGACAAUUUACGAAGGCCAGAUCACGGCGAUACUUGGACACAACGGAGCUGGCAAAACGAGUCUCUUCAACAUACUGACUGGCUUAACUGCACCUACAGCUGGGACUGCCUUGAUAUUUGGUUACGACGUUAGAGAUUCCAAUGAUAUGCAGACGAUUAGAAGCAUGACUGGCGUAUGUCCACAACACGAUAUUCUCUUUGAUCUCUUGACACCUCGAGAACACCUUGAGUUUUUCGCCGCUGUCCGGGGUAUUCCAAGAUCAAUGAUGGAACAAGAGGUGAAGAAAACACUGAAAGAUAUCGAUCUAACAGAGAAGGCAGAUACUUUCGCGAAAUAUUUAAGCGGUGGACAAAAAAGGAAGCUGUCCGUAGGAAUCGCCAUUAUCGGUGAUCCAAAAAUUAUUAUCCUUGACGAACCUACGGCUGGAGUGGAUCCUUACUCCAGGAGGCAGAUGUGGUCUUUCUUGCAAUCUAGACGUCACGGGAAAGUGAUUCUAUUGACGACCCAUUUUAUGGACGAGGCGGACAUAUUAGCGGAUAGGAAAGCGGUUAUCAGUAAAGGAAGGUUGAGAUGCUGUGGUAGUUCUCUAUUCUUAAAAAAUAAAUUCGGCAUUGGAUAUCAUUUAACGUUGGUGCUCGAAGGAAAUGCAAGAGAACAUGCUAUUACCAGAUUGGUAACAUCUCAUGUCUCGAAGGCGGAAAAAGCUAGACGACAUGGACGUGAAUUAAGCUUCAUUUUACCACACAACUCCGUGGAAAGUUUUGCACCACUUUUCUCAGCUAUAGAACACGAGGUUAAGACUCGAUCGAGUAGAUUGGGAAUCAGUAGUUACGGAGUAUCGAUGACUACUUUAGAAGAAGUAUUUCUGCAUCUAGAAAAGGAUGAAGGUCCUGAGUGUACAAUGGACAAUUUAUCAAAAAAGAUGGUACGGAAUCGUGCAUUAAGCAGAUCGUUAUCCUUACAAUCUAAAAGCACCUCUUAUCAGAGUUUGCAGAACGAAGGUGUUACUGUUCAGAAUGAUGGCCAAGCAAAAGGUGCAGGAGAUUUACCGGAUGGCAUUCAUAAUGAUAGAAACCCUCCUGUUCUCGGCCUCGGAUUGGACCCCAUAAAAAUUCGGCCUAAUUUCAUUCAAAUCUUGUACGCUAUGCUUCGCCUAAGGAUACUCAGGCUCUUUAGGAACAUCCAGUUAUUGUGCUUCACUAUCGUCGCGCCUCUUUUUCUGGUAGUUCUUGGCCUUCAUUUAAAUAGCAUUCAAACACUUGAGAUCAAAAUGCAGUCACUUAAAUUGAAUACUGAUACAUAUGGGAACGUGACCAAAAUUUUAUAUGCAAAUAACACCGACCACGAUAUCACAGAUUUAAUCGACGGAAUAAGUCACGAUGUAAAGUAUGUUGAAGAAUACUAUGGGAAUUUUGCAAAUUUACUAAAGAUCGCACCGCACAUGGCCGCUUUCAAUAUCAACGAGUAUGGCCUGCCAAAGCUCAAUUUGAUUGUCGCUUAUAACGACACCAUGCAACAUUCCCUACCGAUUUUAAUAAAUUUGUUAUCCAACACCUAUCACAGAUUGAUCUCGGAUAAAAAUGAUCUGAAUCCAAUCGAGGUUAAGACACACCCUUUCCAACAAACUUCCCAACCACAGGAAUUCAAUAUCGGUACAGCGAGUUCUGCUGUGUUCAUUGGAAUGAAUUUUGUAUUGUUACCAAUAACUUUAGUUGUAGACAUGGUCUACGAUCGUGAAAUAAAAGCGAAGAAUCAGCUUCGUGUCAAUGGUUUGACAUUUUCUAUGUACUUCCUGACAUACUUUAUCGUACUUGUCGGCCUGUUGACGUUCAUAUGUUUAUGUAUUCUUGGCAUCAUAUUUCUCUUUGACGUGCCUUCGCUUCAAGAAAUACCAGCACUCAUCACUCUUGGUGGUCUUUUGAUGCUUUAUUGUCCGGCAUCAAUUCUCUUCUCGACGUGUUUGAGUUACAUCUUUGAUAAAAUGGAUUCUGCCCAGAGUAUUUUACCUAACAUUGCAUACUUCUUCGGGCUCAUACCGUUUAUAUUGGUCACAAUUCUCGAUAUGCUGGGUCUCAGUGGAACAGCAGCGUUCGUUUUACACGUAAUCUUUUCUUUACUGAACACGUUGUAUGUACCAUACGCUGCAGUGUAUUACGUAGAAAGAGUUCAUCUGAUGUGCUCUAUCAAUGCUGCUUGUCAUCAUUUGACCAUGUCGGAUUAUUUAACCACGGAGAUCAUUUUAAUGGCCUUUGGCGUGCUUUUGCACUGCCCAGUGUGGUUCUUUGUGCUUUUGCUACUUGACAUCAAAAAGAGCGGCGGCAACGUCAGUGAUAUAUUCAAGCAUUUUCUGCGUAAUGGGGGUUCUAUCGGUGAAGAAAUUAUGGAGAAUUCUGACAUUGGAGAACACGAAGAUGGGGACGUUAAAGCGGAAAGACAGAAAGUUUUUAACCUUAUUACUUCGUCAUCUGUUCAAGAACCACCUGUAGUUUUAGUACAGAACUUGAGGAAGGAGUACCGACAAAAGGAGUCAGGAUCGUGUAGCUGCUGCUCGAAACAAGACGAAGAAGCUAGUCAAAUACAACGAAAAGUCGCUGUAAGAAAUCUGUCGUUAGCUGUCGAGCCAGGGGAGGUGUUUGGUUUAUUGGGCCAUAAUGGUGCCGGCAAAACGACAACGAUGAAAAUUGUCAUAGCAGAAGAAGCAGCCACUCGAGGCAGAGUGCAAAUCGGUGGUUAUAAUAUUAAUUCCAACAUGAACGGAGCUUUCAGACAGAUGGGAUACUGUCCUCAACAUGACGCUCAGUGGAAGAAUAUCACUGUUAGGGAACAUUUAGAAUGUUACGCUGCGAUUCGUGGUGUACCAUGGGGAGAUAUCGGCAGAAUUGUAGAUUUGUAUCUUACUGGUUUGCAAAUUCACGAACACGCCGACAAACAGACCCAAGAGUGUUCAGGUGGAACUAGGAGGAAACUUAGUUUUGCUAUGGCAAUGAUCGGAGGUCCAAAAGUUGUUUUAAUGGACGAACCUAGUACUGGUAUGGAUCCUAGGUCGAAGAGGUUUUUGUGGGAUACAAUUCUUGCCAGUUUUCAGGGUGGUAGAGGAGCGAUUUUAACCACUCAUUCAAUGGAGGAAGCCGAUGCUCUGUGUUCUCGAGUGGGUAUAAUGGUGAAAGGAGAAUUAAGGUGUAUCGGUUCUACCCAACACCUGAAGAACUUAUACGGUGCAGGAUAUACCCUCGAAAUGAAACUCUUAGGCGGUGACUGUACACCAACAACACCUUCCGGUGAUAGGAUCUCAAGUCUGAAAGAAUUUGUUUCCAGUCUCUUUCCAGAUGCAACACUCGAAGAAAGUUUUGCUGACAGAUUAGUGUUUGCUGUUCCCCAACAUGCAGUUAACUCGCUGGCCGAGUGUUUUAUACAAUUGGAGAAAGCCAAACUCGAGUUGGAUAUCGAAGAGUACAGCUUCAGCCAAACCACUUUGGAACAGGUUUUCCUUAAAUUUUCCCACUACGAUGAAUCUAAUUCGGGAGAAUGA